AUGGUCCGUGUUCCGCUCACCCAACGCCCACGCGAUUUCGCGUACCUCCUCUUCUUUGCUAUCCACAUCCCAGCCACAUUGUUGAUCGACCUCCAGUCCAUCUACCCCAAAGCAUGGGUUCCUGCAGCCAUUGCUGCCUUGCCCAGAUAUUACGUGGAUAUGUCGGGAGAUCCGCUCAUCGGUAGCGCAAUGGGAUAUUUUGGGCCCUCCCAGCAGCAGACAUAUGAGUGGUUGAGAGCCUUCAUGUUUCUGGAAGCUGUUUUCCAACUUCCUACGUUUGUGCUGGGAAUACGUGGUCUUUGGAAAGGCUCCACCUCCAUAUAUACACUCCUCCUGGUAUACGCCGCUUCAACAGCAACAACCACCAUCCCUUGCAUCACCACCGUACUUUCUCUCCCCUCCGCUCCUGUUCCCAUGCCAGGCGGAGUGUCCCUUACGUCAGAGCAACGGGUGCUGCUGCUCUCGAGCUAUGUUCCCUUCUUCCUCGUCCCGUUCGUCAUGGCCAUCGACAUGGCGAUCCGGAUACACAAGCGGCCUGCGCUCAGCACUGCUUCCCGGGAAGCAAACAAGAAGAAGUAG